AUGUAUUCACAGGACCCGCCACCACAGUUAAUCGAGUAUUCGGUUUUCCCGAACGAUAUUUCUGUUAAAAAUGAUCCCAUUUCCCUGGCCUUGGUUGGGGAUACACUGCAACAACCAAAGGUGGUUAUCACCCGACUUGCCCUGCACGAAAAUUCGAACAACAAUAACAAUGAAAAGAAGGGAAGUACUUCACAUAACGUGGAUACACCGACUGCUGGUUCGUCCGCUACAAUCAAUACACCACCAAGGCAUGAACCAUCCUCCUCGCAAACGAAUAUACAACACACUCCGCACGGAGUACAUGAAGCGCAGGCUGAUUCAUUGGCAACGCAGAACGCAACGCAGCGUAGCGAAAUUGAACCGAGCAAAGUUAAACCUCAACUUAGUACUGAAAGCGAUUCUUCCACAAGUACAUACACCUCACACGACGUAAAGGAUUCCUCACCUGCUGUGUUUCUAAACAACAACGAAGCUAGGUCGUCCAAUUUUCGAACCAGCGGCAGCGAAGAUAAAGACCGGUUUUAUCCGGUUCAUUCAGCAACGCAUUUCUAUAAGUCGAGUUCGACGUCAUCUGACGACAGACCCGGCCCAGGUGACGUCGAUGCGACACACUUAGCCAUUCCUGAUUCGAUCCGAAACGCGCGGGCCCUCUUCAGGAAAACCCUCGCCAAACUUAGACCCAGCUGUUCUACGUCAAUCGGCAUCGACGUGUUGGAUUCGACGCACAACAUAUCCCACUAUGACGUCACAAGCGCAGUGCGUCCGUGCCGCUUCGGUCGUCGCGAGAUGGCAACUGUCGAGGGCUUUGUCGAAGUGAAUCAUGGCCGUUCGGUGCUUCGUAUGUGUCGAUCACUUCUCAGCGCAUCGUCCUACCCACCUCCUGACCUCUUAUAUCUGCUAAUGAAUAAGUACUUGCUGGACACUGACAAGAAAUACGAAUCCGAGUUGGCUCUGUCUUUCCUCAACACCGUGACGUCACUCCACCCGCCCAAUGCGCCACAUAUACGUCAUGAUGACGUGUAUUUACAAGCAAUGGGGGUCUCCCGAUCCACGGAGUCUAGUUUAUUAUCUGCGGCUGGUAUUCAGUUGGGUAAAGACUUCGUGUUAUGGAACCAAGAACGAACACCAGAAUCACAACAAUGGACUUUCGUUGAUUCUAUGCUCAAGCAAGCAGCAGAGGAUAAUGACAUGUUACGACGUCACAAUGCUGCUGAACUUUUCACGAUUGUGACGUCAUGGCUUGGCUACGAUCGAAAAUUAUUACGUCAUCUUUUCUGGACGAAGUCAAACAAAUAUCAACUUACGAGCGCCAUCCGACGGUUAAUGGAAUGGCUGCGAAUCUCGAUGGAAAAAGUUGUGGAAUUCAAUGAAAACCAGGAGAAAGAGAAUACCGAGGUCGUGCCCCCAGAUGACGUCAGCAAUGAUGACGAAGCAGCUGAUGACGUCAGUGAGUCGGAAUCGGAACCAGACGAAAAUGAUCAGGUCUUCUGCGCGCAUGAGGUGUGGACAAGUCUGCUGCGUAGUUUGACGCAGACCACGCUUGCCGUCGCCGCAUGGCUGCGUGAACACGACCAGCAUAACUUCGACCGUAUCGUUGUAAAGGCGUUGUUUGAACAAUUCAAUGACGUCAAGCUAUCUGUGUUGGACCGUUUGCUUGGGGAAUUCCCCUCAACCAUUACCCUCCAGCUUACACGCACAAUGUUGGAGAAAUCUUGCUGGAAAAACUUGAGCCGUAUCAGAAGUAAAGGUGGUUUCCUUAGUCUGCAUAGAAUCGUCAAUCGAUAUUUUCGGUUUCUACCAAAACUGCCGAGGUCUCUCAUGGGUGCAUUGAUACGCAACAAAAGGCUUUCAUCCACUGGUGACGGUACAGCCAAUCCCGACGCCACAAAAUGCGAGGCAACACCCAUGGCCAAUAAACCUAACGACCAGCCCCACCAUGAGACCUACGUCAUCGAUGCAAAUCUUAAGCUCUCUAGCGCCACUGUGAACAAGCGAAACUCAAAGGGUGAAACCCCUCUUCAUCAUGCUUGCAUGCAUGAUCGCCCCGACCACGUGGCUAAAAUCCUGGAAAUCCCCGGUGUCGAUCCUAACUCACGUGACAACGCUGGUUGGACGCCGAUCAGUGAAGCGUGUAACCGUGGUCACAUGGAAUGCGUGCAAGAACUACUGAAGCUGCCUCUCUCUUCAAGUACCACGUUAUCAAAAAUGACGUCAUCGGAACAUACGUCACCCGGAGCAACGUCAUCGGCACAAACACCUACGAUUGAAAAGCGAAGGGAAACCCCCCUACUCGAGAUCGACCUCCUGUCAUGCCCGGAUGAGGGGAUUACCCCUCUACACGACGCUUUAAUGAACGGCCACACAGACGUUGCCGAAAUUUUGCUCCGAAAAGGAGGAACCCAACUACUGGACGCGAAGAACAAAGACGGUAAAUCUGCUUUGGACGUUUGCCAGUCGGAGGACACUUUACGAUCUUUCCUCAUCAUCGCUUGUUCCCUUGCAUCCGAGCAAUGCUCCAUCGACGUUGCCAUGGCGACUAAGCAAGAAGAUUCCGCCCCCGUGAAAGUUGAUGCAAAAGAUGACGAUUACGCGAAGAUUUUACCCCCACCGUUAAUGAUGGGAAGCCCAGCUUGGAUUGGCACCUGUGACAGAUACGUCAUACUCCUACGUCAUCUACUUCACGCCUACGUCACCGAAACGUCAUUAGUUCCAUUCCUGUGCCUCCUUGGCUCGCAGGAGGAGCCAGAAAGUGAAGAACCGCCCGACCGCAUGGACGAGUUUGAUUGUGACGUACAAUCGCCAUUGUUUGAAGACAAUGAACCCGCGAAAGAAAGCUCUAAUGACGUCAGUGACACCAGACUGCUACGCUACGAACAGGAUAUGACGUACAUACUAAAAUGGCGACGCGAGAAAUGGGUAUUCGGGCAACAUUUAAGAAAAAUUGUUGACGUCGAUAAAUUAACGGUGGAUUAUAAGUUCCAUGUUUUUGAGGGCCCGGUAAUAGACGACCUGAAAGCAAUGUUCCAGUAGGAUUACAUGAUGGUUUAUGGCAUCGGUUUCCUAAACCUGGUUUGGAAAAGACCAGCUACGGUUUAUCUUUCUUGCUUUUCUUCGCCCAGCAUACCCAGUAUACAUUAAUUUGGAUUGUGGUAGAAGUGUCGUAUACUACUGUCUUACCACUAAUUAAUAUAUGUAUGGGCGACCAAGUUAUGAGAUGGUAUCUUCACAACCCGAUGUUGUUGUUAAAUUUCGAGUUCUGUGACUCCCGAGGGUUUACCAACGUAAAUUCUCGGGCCUUCAUCUUUGUCUUAAUAUGACGUCACCCAUAGUGAACCAAAAACCUUAUGCAGACGCCUUGAUGACGUUGUUGCUAUUUCUUUUCACCACACUUUCACACUGAGGCGGUUCACUAUUCUAAAACUGAAAUCAUGCAUUACCUUCGGAAAACUAACGGUAUUUAACAUCUUUGCCAAAAAAAAACAUUAUUCGUUUCAUUGCCCACUGUUGAUGUUUUGACUCGUUAUUUUUUACGUUUUUCUCAGGCAUUUUUCAGGCCAGACUGUCGUUGGUACACGGAUAAUAUAAAGAGCCUCA